CAACUCCACAUUACCCCAUCUCACCGCAGCCCACAGCUCACGUCCCCCGUAUUCCACCUCUGGCAUCUCCGUUUGAACUCUCCGCCUGCGACUCCAUGGCUUCACAAGCUCCCAACCAGCCGCGCCCGUAUCCCGGCAGCUACCUCCCUAAUGGUGGUGUUUCUGGCGCUCCAUCCGGGCCUGCGCCUGGAGCCGUUCCGCUGCUCCCCAAUCAAGGCCGCGUGAUCCAGCAAGGCAGCGUCAGGGUGCUCUGCGUCGCGGACGUACGAGGAAACCUGCAAUCGCUCAACCAGCUCGCCGCAGACGCACGGGCAAACUACAUCAUCCACACUGGCGACUUUGGCUUCUACGAUGACCGCUCGCUCGAUCGCAUCGCCGAAAAGACACUCAAGCACGUCGCGCAGUACUCGCCCCUACUCUCUGAUAACGUCAAGCGCUCCAUCGCCUCCGCGCCGCCGCAACCGCCCGUCAAGGAACGUUUCGCACGGGAGCACCUGCCCCUCUCAGAGCUGCCCCUCUUUCUCAACAAGACCUAUACACUGAAUGUGCCCGUAUACACUGUGUGGGGUGCAUGUGAAGAUGUGCAGGUCCUGGAGAAGCUGCGGUCCGGCGAAUACAAGGUAGACAAUCUGCACAUCAUCGACGAGGCGCACUCACGGCUGCUGGAUGUGGGCGGCGUCAAGCUACGACUACUAGGUCUUGGUGGCGCAGUGGUCAUGCACAAGCUGUUCGACAACGGCGAGGGCAGGACCACGAUUGCAGGUGGCCAAGGCACCAUGUGGACCACGCUGCUGCAGAUGGGAGAGCUCGUUGACACGGCAAAUCGCGUAUACGAUCCCACCGAGACCCGCAUAUUCGUCACACACGCUUCACCCGCACGUGAAGGCCUGCUCAACCAACUGUCCGUCACGCUGAAGGCAGACUUCUCUGUCUCGGCUGGUCUGCAUUUCCGCUACGGCAGCUCGUACAACGAGUUCAGUGUCAAUCCCACGCUCGACCAUUACCGUGGCAAGCUUGCUGCCUCAAAAGCUUCCUUUAACGAUGUCUGGGACACGGUCAAGACAGAGGUUGAGCCCGCAGUCGCGGACAGUGAUUCACAACAGCGGCUGCUUGCGCUAGCCCUCGACAUCGUCAACAAGAUGCCCACCGUCGCAAAUGGCGGCAACCCCUUUGGUGGCCCGGCUCCCGGUCCUCAGAGUGGCGUCAUCGACGAGAGCGCUUUCAAGAAUAUGUGGAACUUCAACCUGGCAGAUGCCGCUUACGGAUGGCUUGUCUUAGACAUUGACAAUGGUAGAAUCGGUACCGAGAUGAGGGCCCAGGGUUUCAACUUCGCACACCGUGGUGGUAAGCUUGCGCCCGGGCAGACUCAGCCCACCGCGGCCAACGCUACCACUGGUCCUCCUGCCACCGUUCCUAGCCCUGCUGGUCAACCAUCCCCAGCCCCAGGAGGUCCUCGCGGUCCUCCAUCACACACUCCCCAACAACCCCGCCCAGCUGUCGCAACCCCACCAGUUCCUCAACAGCAACAGCAGAUCAAGCCUGGCCAGCCUACACGGACAGGUCCUUCUCCUGCUCCUGCCGCUGCGUCCAAAGACCCUGUCAAGGCCGCUACCCCACAGCCGAGCACAUCCACUAACAACGCGCCUGCCAAUGCCGCCGCUGAGAAGGCCAUCCCAAGCGAAGUGAAGCCUAAUGGCACUGCUGCGCCAGAGAAAGGUCCUGCCUCGCCAGCGCCCAGGGAGCCAGUCGAGCGCAAGGAGAGCAAGGGGCUCUUCAUCGCUGGCGUGAAAGACGAGGACGAAGCAAAGAGUCUACUUGCUGAGGAGGACAGGUCGAAGAUCGAGAAGAUGGAGAAGAUUAAGCACUUCUUCGUCGCCCACUUUGCCACCCCAGCCGAUAUGCAAGGCGCACUCCGCCGCGUUUCUGAUGAUGUUAGGAAUGCUCGAGGUGGCCCAGAGAAGCAAACUGUCAAGAUCUACAACGAGCGUCCCAACAACGCCCCUAGGUACGGUGCCGGCAGCUGGCAAGCUAGCACCCGCGGCGGCGCCUCGGACAGCGAAGGAGGACGUGGUGGUCGCGGUGGACUUCGUGGCGGCCGAGGUGGCGAGCGCGGUGGUCGUGGCGGCGAGCGAGGUGGUCGUGGAGGCCGCGGUGGAAGGGGAUCCUUCAGAGGUGGAGCGGGCGAAGGUGCUCCUGCAGCAUCAACGGGAGGCGAGUCAUAA